UUUCUCAAUUUAGUAAUCUAGCUUAUGUUUUAUUGUCUGAAUGACUCCUGUAUAACCACCUACUGUAACAGUGGUUUCUCCCGAUGACCUCUGUCCGCCCUCUGUCCGCCAUGCCGUCUGACCGUGCCUUGGCCGUGUGUGCCGGCGUCUCCUUCUGUCUCGGCUUCUUUCUCGGCUGGAAGUCCAACUCCUGGUACAGGAAGUACCUCAAGUGGAAACGGGACCGUUUGCACUCCAAACUUUUGAAAUGUCUGAGUUCCCGACAGAACAGGAUGCCCUGUAUGAUGAAGGCGUACACGACCAGCGACAUGAUGAGCACGGUGGCGAUCAUGGCUGAGGAGUACGUGUCCAUCCCCGCUCCGACACUGUCCGCCGCCGCCAUGCUGCCGUUCCCGGGGCCGGUCAGGUUGGUACCCGGGGGCCAGCUCCCGUUCACCGCAGUCUCGGUAACGUUCAGAAAACUGUCCAUGAUGGCUUUAGGGUCCUAG